AUGUCGGGGUAUGCACAACAACUGCCAGACUCAAAUACAAGUAGCGAGAAUGAUGACAAUGCUACGUUCUGUGAUGAUGUAUCAUUGGAGCAUCGAAUAAAGCGAACGUUAGGUCACUCUCCAAAUCCCUGGAGGGCUCAGUCUGCCACCGAUGGGCCAGUAGAUGAAAAAUCGCCAACAAAACGGGAAAUAGAAGAGGGACAGCAUCAUCGUCAUUAUCCUAUUACCGGUGUACAAGAGCAGUUUCCAGAUCCAUCUGGUCUUUUCCAACAAGUUGGGGAUAUUGGCAUUGGUGGCCAGACCGCGUUUGCUCAAAAACUCGAACAACAUGAUGUUGGCAGAAAUCCACGCAAGCAGGAGCAGGCAGCAGAACCAAUCGGCAGCAUACCACUUCUGGGAGGGCAAGAAAGAACAGAAUUGACUCAGAAUGCCACAAAGCUCCAAGAGAAUUCAGAAGCCUCCAUUGGCUCGAUUAAUGCAAUUGAUUCCAGCCAAAUGAUGAGAGAUUUCCACGCAGCCUUGCAACAAAUUGAAGCCUUACAGGCCAUACUAGAUGCACAAGGGCUGUUGCGUGUGUCCGCUCCCGAAAAUAAUUCGGGGAAUACUCCCAAUGGUCACUGGACAGAUGAAAGACCACAACAAGAUGUUUCCAUGGAUUCGGUCUCUCCAAUGCCAGCUACAACAAAAGCAGGGCAGCAGGGCAUUCAGGAUCCACACGACAACUCAACACAAACACCGAGGGGCCAUCAAAUGUCCUCAGGAGGGAUAAAUUCAAAGAGGCCAGGGAGCGAACACAGAAUAAACACUGGCAGCACGGUGCUGGAGGAACCAGCCAAUCCCAAGAGCAACAAUCAGUCGCCAGGAAAUAAUGGCAACAACACACCAUUGGACAGUCCCUUGGUACAGCAGCAGCAACAACAACAGCAAAUUCGACAAGUCACAUCAGAGCUGAAUCAAACCAAACAAGCCUUGCUAAGCCGUGAUCGGGAAGUGAAACGGCUUCGACAAGAGCUAGAGCAAACCAAAAUUGAGAAACUAGCACAAGCCAAGGAGAUUCGACGCCUGGGGAUGGAGCUACAAGAGUGGCGGGGUCUUGCUGGAGCACCCCGAGCAGCAGCACACAACUCGGACGCAGCAGCGUCACCUACACAUGACGCUACGAUUGUGGACCGGUUGACACGGAUACGAGAUGCUGCAGACCGUGCUUCUCUCGUCAAGGAUCACCAUCGAGAGAUUGUCCGUUUGAAAGGAAAACACGAAGCCGCUAUCCAAAAACUCAAUAGCCAACAUGAGGAAAGGCUCCAGAACUCAUUGCAAUCCACAAAAACGAUAUUGUCACAAAAGCACAAAGAGAUACUAGAGGGACUUCAAGAGGCUUUUGAUCGGAACAUGACAAACAUGGAAACGCGACAUGGGGAAGAAAUAGAACGGUUGAAAAAGGAGAUCCAGCAAGGCGCGACUUUGUCGGAUGAACUACUAGAGGCAUCCCUGUCAAAGAUCAACUCUGGCAAUCAGCUCCUGGCAAGUGAGAUGGCAAAGAAUGGGGAAUUGAAGGCGACUAUCAAACAAUUGGAGCAACAGCUGGUGUGUGAUAAAGCAGAACUAUCCGACGUGCACGCCGAUCAGAUGGAAUCUAUGAAAAAGGAUUGGGAAGAGCAGCGAAAUGUCAUGCUGGAUACUAUGCAACAAGAGUUCAAUGAUUUCUUUCAGCAAAAGAGGACUGGGAGUCCCCACUCACCCACUGUCUUUCGGUUUUCAGCAGCAGCAGCAGGAGAGCCAGCCAAUGAUAGCUUGCUGGAGAUGCGUGAGAUUCCACAUUCCAGCAGCAACUCGAGCCCAAAGCUACCUUCCGCAUAUACCGGCAUGGACCAGGAACUGCUCGAGACGGAAGCAUUGGUCCAUGGACUACUAGGGAAUGUCUCCUAG